AUGUCACAUAAAACUUACAAUGAACUUUUUAAGAAGACCCAGGACAUUCUUAACGAAACUUUGCAGUUGGAACCCGUUCAAGCUGAUAGAAGGGAUGAUAGAGAUCUUUUGGCUAAUCUAUACGUGAGAUAUAUUGGUAUCUGCAAUAGACUAUCAAUAUGCGUGGACCAAGUAGUCCAGCCUCAAAAAAGAAUGCUUUUACUAAAACUACUCGAAGCAGCAUUAGGAAGAAUUUUGGAAUUAAAAACAGAUUUAGUCGAAGCAGAUUUAAACGAAUUUACACACUGCGGUGAUACUAUUGAAAAUUUAAGAAUUACGCCAAUUGACAGAGAACUAAUUGUACCAGAAUGUUUUACAAGAGAGAGACAAGAAGAGAUUGAGUAUAAUAAAAGAGUUAUAGAUGAGGUCCUUUCUAAACUAGGUUAUCUAGAUAAGACUCCUAAGAAAACACCCAUGACCGAGCAACAAGCAAUUUUAAUUAUUCAAAAACACGAACGGGCUCGACAAGGAAGGCUUCGCCAACAAUUUAUGAAAGAGAUUAGAACGAUGAAAGAAAAGAGCAAACCAGUGCAAGAAGACGCAGAAGAGGAAGCUAAGCGUGGAGGAAUUAGUCUGACAGCUGCAAUGAAGAUCCAGAAAAUUUGGAGAGGAUACAUUGCCAGAAGAGCUACUAGGAGAAGAAAGAUACAAGAAAUGCUACUCAUAGGAAUGAUACCGCCGCUUAAGACGAAAAGUGUUGAAAUCGAAAAGGAUUUGGAAAACAAGAACUACAGGUAG